GAAGUUAAUACGGGAAUAAAAGACGAUUUUUUUUUUGCCAUUUUCCCCACCCCUAAACAAUACAGAAAGGGGUCUUUACACACAUCCCAAUCCAGAAAAUCAUACAGCAUGGUCGUAGUUACAGCAGGGACCGGAGGAGCCCACAAAGUCCUUCUGAUAUCGGGGAAACAGAGCGCUUCGACACAGGGCGGAUACAGCCGUUCAAUAUCUGUCAUGAUACCGAGCCAAGCCUCUUCAGACUCCGACUCCACCGUCUCUGGACAACCACUGCGAAAAAGGCAGAGACUCACACAUCUGAGUCCAGAGGAAAAACAACUUCGAAGGAAACUGAAGAACAGAGUUGCUGCACAGACAGCAAGAGACAGAAAAAAGGCCAAAAUGGGGGAGUUGGAGCAGCAGGUUUUGGAGUUGGAGCUCGAGAAUCAGAAACUCCAUUUAGAGAACAGGCUGUUGCUAGAGAAGACGAGCGAUCUGAUCUGUGAGAAUGAGGAGUUGAGACAGAGACUGGGGUUGGAUACCUUGGAAGAAAAAGAGCAGGUUCAGGUACUAGAGUCCGCAGUGAGCGAUUUGGGUUUGGUGACCGGGUCUUCUGAGCGCAGCACUCAGGCUACGUGUGCCUCCGCAGCAGGUGCAGGCCCAGCAGUCCCCAAAUCUGACGACUUCACCAUGGAUACUCACAGCCCUGGCCCUGCAGACACUGAGUCUGAUCUCUUGCUUGGUAUUCUGGACAUCCUUGACCCAGAGCUCUUCCUCAAGACAGAUCUCACAGAAGCACAGGAAGCCCAACAGGAGUUUGAGCUGGUUGGGGGUGCAGGAGAGCAAAUACCUGCCUCCCCACCUACGGCUUUGGGGCCCGCACCAGUUAAGCUGGAAGCCCUUAAUGAACUGAUCCACUUCGACCACAUCUACACCAAACCCGCAGAGGUGGUGAGCGAGGAGAGCAUUUGCGAAGUCAAAAAUGAGGAUUCCGUUGUCUUUGAGGUCGAUGAAGAAAUCGAGUUGGAAGACCAAACGGUGUCUGUUAAAGACGAACCAGAGGAAGUGGUCAUCCCUGAGACGGAUCAGAAUCCAGACAUGGUUGACGAUUUCCUCUCCGACGCCUCUUCCUUCAGCGGCUACGAGAAGGCUUCGUGUCUGACGGAUGCGUACAGUGACUCUGGAUACGAGAGAUCUCCCUCCCCCUUCAGCAACAUUUCAUCCCCUCUCUGCUCUGAGGGCUCUUGGGAUGACAUGUUUGCAACUGAACUCUUUCCCCAACUGAUUAGUGUCUGAAAGUUUAAUACAAUAUCCAAUGCGCCUGCCUUUGCUCUUUUAUUGUAAGGGAUUGCUAUGUGCUUCAUAACGAUAGUAAGACCGUAGCGUAUAACCCCUCUUGCGAUUUAGACCAAAGGCAUUGCUUUAAGGCCAAUACGGCAGGUCUAUUUGUGUGCAAGAUUCGCCGCGACACUAUGUACAGUUCAAACGCAACUCAGUAUUUUUGUCGGGGAAGGGGAUGGGGGUAAUCGUUUUAAAAAGUACAUCUAUUUAUUUGUGUAUCUCUCUUUUCUAGAGUUCUGUAAUGAAAUCCGUCUCGAAUGCUUAAUACACAUCUUAUUUUUAUUGUAAAUGCUCUCCUUAAUCAUAUUGCAUUAAAAAAAAAUCUGCAUUGCAUAACA